CUGGGCCAGGGGCAAGAGCAGCAGAAGGGGGACGUCGUUCGACCUUAAGCUUUUUUACAACUGACUUCGUGAGAGGGAGGGUUGUUCUACUUACGGCGCCCUCUAUUAUUGAUUGGCUUGUUGCCUAGCAACCAAGAAAGAUUCAAAACACUCGUUUUUUCAUUUUCUGAAAAAUUAUCCGAUACAUUUCUGGAAAAUGUUUUAAACAUACUGAUUCUUAAAAAUGCAAAUACGUCGAGCAAAGACUCUUCUACCUUAUCAAGAUGGCGCCGCCAAAACGUGUGGUAUGUGUUGGUCGGUCAAUGGCCAGAAAUUAGCUGUGGCAACCGCAGAAAGAGUCGUGUUUCUUUUUGACGCCAAUGGAGAGAAGAGAGACAAAUUUUCGACUAAACCAUCCGAUUCCAAAUACGGCAAGAAAAGUUACAGCAUCAAAGGAAUAGCUUUUUCUCCCGACUCUACCAAAAUCGCCAUAGGACAGACGGAUCAAAUUGUCUUUGUCUACAAAAUCGGCGAUGAUUGGGGGGAUAAAAAAGUUAUCUGUAAUAAAUUUGCUCAGGCGAGCUCUGUUACCUGCUUAAUUUGGCCUAGCCAAGGGCCAAUUAUUCUCGGGUUGACUGACGGAAAAGUACGCGCUGCCCACAUCAAAACCAACAAAUCCCAGACACUCUACGCCACAGAGUCCUUUGUCGAAACACUAGUCUCCAAUCAAUCGGGAACCGGUUUUAUCUCUGGACACGCUGACGGAACGAUUGUUCGAUUUUAUGUGGCAGAUGAUGGCACUGCUCUUCCUCAGGGAAAAGUUGUGGUUCAUGGAGUGGCUCCCACUGCUCUUGUUUGGGCUGGCCCGUUAAUUUUAGCAUCUGGAUCGGACCAGAAGCUGAUUUGUUACUCGGCCGAAGGAAGGCCACUUCAACAGUUUGAUUACAGUCGAGUCAAGGACGAACACGAAAUUACUGUGGCCGUGUCAAGCGGAUGCGGUCAGAUGGUCGCUCUAGGAAGUUUCGAUAAGAUUCGCAUCCUGUCGUUCAAUUCGAGGAAGAGACAAUGGGAAGAAAGCGCAAUCAAGGAGAUCAAAAACAUGUACACGGUGACGUGUUUGGCAUGGCGAACCGAUUCGCUUUAUCUGGUCUCCUCUUCUCUUUGCGGCGGAGUGGAACUCUUGGAAACCGUCGCCAAGAGAACUUUGUGGAAUGGUCGAGUGGAGAUCAUUUACAUUUCAUCUAGUCAAGUAGUCAUCAAAUCCGUACCGGAAGAAGGUGUUCCUUUUUUCCAUCCGGUAGUCAUCCGCACGCAUCCCGGCCUGGAAAUCGAAACGGUUAGAAUCAUGGGCAGAGAAAAUUACGCCGUGGCUCGUACCGAUCGGACGCUUAUCGUCGCCGACUUGAAACGUGGACUCGUUAGCGAAGUGUCGUGGAAGGAACCGGAAGUCGUUCAGGAUGGAAAUAAAACGAAAUUCCAUUUUGACACUCCGCACGCCUGCAUGGUUUUCUCUCGGGGUGAACUCACGCUGAUAGAAUACGGUGUCAAUGCCAUUUUGGAACGUUUGAGGAUGGAAUUUAUGAAUCCGCAUCUGAUCAGCGUCCGCAUAAACGAGCGCCACCGUAAAGAGGGGGAUAACGUGAAACGAUUGGCUUAUCUACUGGACUUGAAAACUAUUGGCAUCAGUGAUUUGGUGACCGGCCAUUCGUUGGGUCACAUCUCGCACGAAUCGAAAAUCGAUUGGCUUGAAAUGAACGAGACGGGCCGAAAGUUGCUGUUCCGCGAUCAGAAAUUGCGGCUCUACAUGGUCGAUCUGGCCACCUCGACUAAAACGCUUUUGCUCAGUUCGUGUCUCUUUGUGGAGUGGGUGACGGGCAGUGACGUCAUCGUCGCCCAAAGUCCAUCCUUGCUCCACGUUUGGUAUCACGCCGAGAGCAGCGACAAGGUCCAGACCAUCGACAUCCGCGGCGAAGUACUGGACAUUGUCAAAGAGGCGGGCGGAAGGACAGUUGUCCGCGUCCAGGACGGAACCAUCAUCAACGAAAUCGCCCUGGACGAUCAGCUGAUUGAAUUUGGGACGGCCAUCGAGGACGGCGAUCUGGUCCGGGCUCUGUCCUACCUGGAACGACUCGAUUCCCAUUCGCCCGGCUCUGCCAAAGGACUCUGGGCCACUUUGGCUCGCAUCAGCCUCGACGCCGUCGAAUUGCGCAUCGCCAGCCGCUGCUUCGCCGCUCUCGGAGACAUCGCCAAAGUUCGUUUUCUGAUGGAAACGGUGCGAGCCUCUGAGGAAGUCGCUAAAACAAUCAAGGGCGAUGGAUUCAGCUCGCCACUGGUUCAAGCCCGAAUGGCCAUUUUCCAGCGAGAUUUAGCCACAGCUGAGCGCAUUUACAUCGAUCAAGGCAGUCCGGAUGACGCUGUGCGGAUGUACCGCCAAUUACUCCAAUGGGAGGACGCCCUUCGAGUAGCGGAGACUUAUAAUCUUUCAGACAGACAUCAAAUCAGGCAAGACUACCUGCAAUGGCUGCAAACAACUUGUCAGGAAUCGGCAGCUGCCGAAGUCUAUGAGCGAUUGGGAGACUACCCAUCGGCCGUCAACAUGUGCCUCAAAGCCGGCCUUCCUUCCAAGGCGGCCAAACUGAUGCUGCACAGAGAGGAGCUCUUAUCCGACGCGGAGGCGGUUCAUCAAGUGGUGACGGCUUUGCAGCGUUGCAACAUGUACGUCCAGGUGGGCGAGGUUUACCAGGCGACCGGCAAAGCGGACAGAGCCCUGGAAUUCUACCGCAAAGGUCAUUCCUACGCCAAAGCUAUUGAUUUAGCCCGCCAUUCUUUCCCCGGAGAAGUGAUCUUGCUGGAAGAGUUGUGGGGUGAUCAUCUCAUGACCACCCAUCGACCGGAACAAGCCAUAGCUCACUACAUCGAAGCCGGGAAGAUGACGACGGCCCUCAGGGCGGCCAUCGACGCUCGCCAAUGGGAGAAAGCCGCCGAUAUUUUGGAAGUCGUCGGCGAAUCCAACGUCGAACCGGAACACUUUCAAAUGCUCGGCCGCUAUUACGCCACCACUCGAGCCUACGAGAAAGCUGAAAAGUUUUUCAUCAGAGGCAAUCUGCCCAUGGAAGUCGUCCAAAUGUACAUUUCUGCUGGUCAUUGGAGCAGGGCGUAUGAGGCGGCCAAACAUUCGUUACCGGCGGCCGAAAUGAAACGACUUUUCACGGACGAAGGUCAGGCGCUGGUGAAGGCCGGCCGUUUGCGGGAUGCCGAACAACUCUACGUCGCCGCCCAGUUGAUCGAUUUGGCCGUCGAAAUGUACCGCUCCACCAAGAACUACGAUCAACUCGUCCGUCUGAUUAGCAACCACCAGCCGGACCAGUUGUUUCACUACCACUUGGACAUUGCUCGACAGCUGCAGGCCGAUGGAAACCGGAAAUCCGCCGAGAAACAUUUUAUCGCGGCCAAUCAUUGGAAAGAUGCUGUAACCAUGUACAGAGAUUGUGGCCUAUGGGAGGAUGCCUUCCGGGUAGCCCAAGCCAAGGGAAGUGCCAAAGAAGCUGCUGCACUGGCCCUGGAAUGGGCUGUGAGCGUAGGUCCGGAAGUGGGCGGCAAAUUAUUAUUACGCCACGGAAUGGCAGAAGAAUGCAUCGCUUUGGCAUGCGACCAAGAAAUGUUUGAAUUUGCCGUGAGCAUGGCGCAAACUGUAGCGCCGCAUAAACUGAAAGCAGUUCAACGCCAAUUGGCUGUCCACUUGCAAGCUUCCGAUCACUGGAAGGAAGCGGAAGAAGCUUUUGUCAAGGCGGGAGCGGUUCGGGAAGCUAUUGACAUGCAUUUAAGUCGAGGAGAUUGGUUGGCAGCCGAACAAUUAGCCGAACAACACGACCCGGAAGCGCUGAAUCAGAUCCUGAUUUCAAGGGCUCAGGCCUCACUGGAGGCUGGCGAUUUCCAGCAAUACGAAACUUUAAUUUUACGAGCCCAGCAGCCGCUUCUCUUAUUGCAGGGCUACAAGGAGAGAGGAAGGUGGCAAGAUGCUCUGCGGGUGGCCAAAGAAUAUUUACCCAAUCGUCUGGCCGCCCUGCAGGACGAAUACGACCAUUACGUCACCAAGACCCAGGGUGUCAACGCAGUUAGUCUGAUGACCCAGGCUCGUGACUGGGAGCAACAAGGCGAAUUCUCUCGCGCCGUCGAUUGCUACUUCAAGAUUACAAUAGCGAUGGUCAACGAACCUGGGAAACUGAUUGCUCUUUGGAACAAGGCAUCAGAAUUGGCUGUCAAGUUCCUGGAUGAAGACAAGGCCGUCGUCCUAGUGCGUAAUGCGGCCCGUCAAUUGAAAGAGAUUGGCCAGCCGGCAGCUGCCGCCCAACUCUAUCUAAGCGUCGACAGCGUCCGCGACGCCGUCGACAUUCUGAUGGAGGCUCGAGACUGGACACGGGCGCGGAAAAUCGCCCAGGAACUCGAGCCGGACUACUAUCCUCGCGUUGAAACGGCAUACCGUGAAUGGCUGCGCUCGGAAGGAAAAGCCGAUCAACUGGCCGAUGUCGAUUUGGGCGGGGCCCUGGAAAUGCUGGCCAGUCAGGGACAAUGGGAUCAAGUUCUUCAGAAAGCCCAGAAACAUGGACCUGAAUUACUAAACAAGUAUGUGGCCAUCUAUUCCACCGAACUAAUCAAGCAGCAACGCAGCUCAGUCGCCCUGGAAUUAUUCAUCAAGUACGGGGCACCGGCCAAACCCCAAAAUUUGAAUAUCUACCGACAUCUUGCAACUGAAAUUUUACUCGAAGAUAAAAACGACAUUAAAUCGCUGAUUGGUUUACGAAACAUUUUUCACAGUCUGGUGAAGGAAGUGACAUCACCGACCAUCAACAUGGAAUUCGAGCGCUUCUUACGACUCUUCCAUUACAUGGUGAUCAGCAACGUGUGUCAAAAUGUCGGAGGGCUUGAAGUCGUCGCCACCAAAGCUAGCAUUUCAUUGCUCCGCUAUGCGGAUCUCAUUCCGGCUGACCGAGCCUUUUACGAGGCCGGAACCAACGCCAAGGCCGUAGGCUGGGACAAUUUGGCGUUUGUUCUGCUCAAUCGCUAUUUGGAUAUCGCUGAUAUGAUUGAAGAGAACGGCGACAGUGCCGAUGCUACCUUGCUGGAUAAUGCGGAUUUCGAACAGACGGACGUCCCUUACGACACACUCUGCAUACCUGUCAAGCCGUGCGUGAGCGGUCUACUUAAAGAGAUAGCAAAAGAGUGGGUAUUGGCCGUCUCACUUGAUCAGCACAUCGAACAGCAAUUGCCAAUGGAUGAGCGUGGAGUUUACGAAGCCUGCCUUGUCAACUGGAAGAGGUCGUCCGAUCCGCCUGCUACUCCGUGCGUUCUGACGGGCUAUCCGGUGCUGAAACAGCCGGUCAAAUUCCCGGCCCAAGGCAAAGAAACAAACCGAGAAGAUUGGAACCGUUUUCUUGUGGCAGUUAAACGUUGGCCGGACAAUCGCCAACUUCACGAAACGCUUGAUUUUAUCGAAAAAUGGUGCAACGGCCUCCCUUCGGUUACAUCUCAAUUUGCUUUCUGAUUUUAUUGAUAGAUUCACGCGUUUAUCUUUAUGAUGAUGAGGGCAUUGAUCGAUUUCAAAUCAUCGGCUUUUAAGUGAAUUUAAAUCACAGUUAACGCGUAUUGUCAUGGCAAGCCUAUUGUAGAAUAAUAAACAGUAAUUCUAAUUGGCA